GCUUUGCAUCUACAGUCCUCCAUUACCCUUGAUAACCUCAAAUCCUGUAGCGGGCCCUUACACCUCACCUCACCUCACUCGAUUGCCCGUUGAAAUUUGCAAAGAUGACCACAAAAGUACAAAAGAUCAUGGUUGCACCCAUCAACCUGAUCUUUCGGCUGCUACAACAGAAAUCGCGGGCACAAAUCUGGCUUUACGACCAAACGGAUCUGCGCAUUGAAGGACAGAUUAUCGGUUUCGACGAAUUUAUGAAUUUGGUGUUGGAUGAUGCGGAGGAGGUGUCAUUGAAGAAGGCGACAAGGAAGCCUUUGGGGCGGAUAUUGCUGAAGGGAGACAAUAUCACACUGCUUUGUGCGUUGAAUAAUUGAUGGGGUGUACGGGCUGGGAUGUGUGGGUGGAAUUUGUUGUACAUGAUUUGAACAAUAGUUACGGGUCCGCUUAACAUAAUGGUCUCAAACUGCUUGUGGAAUCAACCUGAAGUUGAUUGAAUAUCUAUUGUAUAUGGCAGGCGCGAGAACCCUCAUGGCCAAUAAAAAUUAUGUACAGGAAAAGGGUAUCGAGAGUUCAUACAUCGACGUUGAUCACC